AUGGAGAGAAAGGUGAUUGCACUGUGCUGCGUUGUGGGCUUUCUGGGUUUGCUCUCUGCUGCGACGGGCUUUGCUGCUGAAGCUAAGAGGAUUAAGGGGGAUGAAGUGAAAUUUACGUCGCCGUCUGAAUGUGUGUAUCCAGGGAGUCCUGCACUAGGCCUUGGAUUAACUGCUGCUGUUGCCCUCAUGAUUGCUCAAAUUAUCAUAAAUGUCGCAACUGGAUGCAUAUGUUGUAGGAAAGGCCCACAUCAGUCAAGCUCUAGCUGGACCUUAGCCCUUAUCUGCUUUGUCGUUUCCUGGUUCACAUUUGUUGUGGCUUUCCUUCUGUUGCUAACUGGUGCGGCUCUCAAUGACCAACACGGGGAAGAGAAUUUCUACUUGGGGUAUUAUUAUUGCUAUGUCGUGAAGCCGGGCGUUUUUGCUGGGGCCGCCGUGUUGUCGCUCGCCAGUGUCUUUCUCGGGAUUGUGUAUUAUCUCAUCCUCACGGCCGCUAAGAACAAUGACAGCUCGUGGGGGCCACCCGCUCAGGGUGGGAUAGCAAUGGGGCAGCCACAGUAUCCUCCUCCUCCUCAGUCACAGGGGCCGAUGUUCGUGCACGAAGACACUUACAUGAGGCGGCAGUCUAUUAUGUGA